AUGAGUUUAAUAGUGUUGUUAACAUUAUUCGUUUUUGGUUAUUGCGAUUAAAAGGAAGCAGGAUUACAGAAAGUGAAGGUUCAAGUAGCUACUGUAUUGGAUGGAUACUAUAAAGAAUUUGAUGGAGUAUUGUGUUAUUCGGAGAAAUAUAAUCAAUUUGUGAUUUAUCAUGAGAGAUCGAAGGCAAAAAAUUUAAAGGAGUUGUUUCCUGAAGCAGAUUUCUUUUUGUAGUUUGGAAUGAAUGGGAAUGCAGUGGGAUUGAGUCUCUAGAAUUUUGUUCCUCAAUUGAUAAUUAACGAAGAUUAAUACAAGAGCGUGGUGUUUACAGUGAAACCUGAAGUGAAGAAGGGAACAACCUUGAAAGUAGCAUUUGUUCAUGCCGAUUACGAGGGGGAACAAGAGAGAUUUAUCGAUCUGAUGGAGAACGGAUUGAGUGCUUAUACACCAAUCAGCGAGACUCAAUUGGACUUCGCAGCAAUGUAAUUUGAACAUAAGUUUAUUUAAUAUGUGAAGAAGAUGCACGAUGAAUUGUGA